AUGGACGCCAACGCCGCCAUGGACGCCAACGCCGCCAUGGUCGACGAGCAGAAGCCGUCGCUGUUUGAGCUGCUCUCCGAACAGCAGCUGCACGGCCUGCUGCCGCCGACCCUGCGGUAUCUGCUGACCAUUGCGACGCAGCGCUACCCGCGCUACCUGCUGCGCGCGCUCAACUCGUUUGACGAGCUCUACGCGCUCGCCAUGCUCGUCGUCGAGCACUACUAUCUCCAGACGAUGGGCGGCACGUUCACCGAACACUUUUACGGCCUCAAGCGAGAGCGGGUGCUGGAGGGCGGCCUGCGUGCCGCCAGCAGCGAGGUGCCGCGCGCCGCCGCCGGCACGCCCGCCGUUGUGCGCACGUUUUUGCAGCUGCGCCGCAGCGCCGACCUCUGGCGCAACCUGGGCGUCGUGGUCGGCGUCCCCUACCUCAAGCGCAAGCUCGACGACGCCUACGAGCGCGACGCGCCCCGCGCUCGCCUGGGCGCCGCCUACCAGCGGCUGCCCGCCCGCCCGACCCUGCGCGACCGCCUGCAGCACGCGGCCCGCUGGUUCCUGCGCCACGUGUACCCGAGCGUGCACGCCGCCUACGGGUUUGCCGUGCUGGCGUUCCACCUCGCCUACCUCUUUGACGGCUCGCGCUACGCCAGCCCGCUGCUGUGGCUCGUCGGCACGCGCGUGCGGCGCAUGACGGGCGCCGACUACCGGGCGAUGGACGACCUGGCCGAGCGGCAGUCGACGUCGUCGACGCCGCGGUCCGUCGGGAGCCGCCUGCUGGGCGGCCUGUCCAUGGUGCUGCCGGCGAGCAUUUUCGCGCUCAAGUUCUUGGAGUGGUGGCACGCGUCGGACUUUGCCAAGCAGCUGUCGCUCAAGGCGGCCGCCAGCCUGGACCUGCCGCCGCCCGUGUCGGCCGGCCUGCCCGCCGGUGGAGGUGGUGCCAAGUCUGUGUCUGCGGGGACCAGCGCGGCGACGGCGACGGGCAGCAGCAGCAGUAGCAGCAGCAGUGCCUCCAACACGGGCAGCAUCGGCCGCAAGGGCAUUCUGAAGAAGGAGCCGUCGUGGCGCGUCGACGAGACGGCGACUCCCUCGACGACGGCAGCAACGGCAGCAACGGCAGCGACGGCAGCGGCCCACGACGAGGCGGGCCCGGACGCUGCGCCCACCGAACAAGACCUCGCACGCCGCGCGCCGAUUGCCAAGCCGUCGCUGCGCCCCAUCUACACGGUCCCUGCGCCCGCCGACUCGGCCCUCUGCCCCAUCUGCUGCGACGCCAUGACGACGCCGACGGUGUGCCAGACGGGCGUCGUCUACUGCUAUAUCUGCAUACACAAGUGGGUGGCGGGCCAGCACGACAAGCAAGAGGCGUUCAUGGCCGACAAGGCGGACCGGUGGGAGAGCGGCGAGGGGCGGUGUGCGGUGACGGGCCGCCGUGUCCUGGGCGGCACCGAGGGCCUGCGGCGGUUGAUGGUGUAG